AUGUCCCGGGAACCUAGGACAUACAUUCUUUUCCUGUUCCUUUUUCUGAGCCAUGGAAUGGCAAGUCAUAGAGUUCCAGAUUCCAGGCAGGAUUUAUAUCCCCUGUUGCAAAAAAUGGCGGAAGAAAUAAUAGAUGGAAGCUAUCUGAAUGCCUUACUGGAUCUCAUACAGUUUCAAAGCUCCCAUGGGUGGACAGCGGACCUGUCCCACAGAGUCCUGGAGUAUCUGAAUUCACGGAAUGUUGCCUUCACCAUCCCCAGCCUGCAGGCAGCCAUGGAAAACCACCUGGAGCAGCGUCUGUACCAGCCCCAGAAGCUGCUGGAGGACCUGAAGGAAACAGAUGCUCAGCAGUUCCGCACCGCCAUGAAAUGCCUCUUGGAAGACAAGAAGGACCGCCUGGAGCUGGAGGAUGUCGUUAUUGACUUGGGAGAGAUUCGCAAACAAGCCUUGCAGAGCCCUGGCGUGAACCGCAGCCUAUUUCUCAUCACACUGGAGAGGUGUUUCCAGGUGCUGAACUCCCUGGAGUGUGUGGAGAUCCUGGGCAGGGUACUGAAGGGCUCCUCAGGCAGCUUUCUCCAGCCAGACAUCCCAGGGAAGCUCCCCCGGCACCUGCAAGAGGAUGCUUUCAAGAACCUAUCUGCGGUGUUCAGAGAUCUCUACGACCAAACCUCGGCUCAUUCCCAGAGAGCUCUCUACACCUGGAUGACUGGGAUUUUGCAGACAUCCUCCAAUGCUACUGACGACUCUGUUUCAUGGGUCAGUGCAGAAAACUUAUGGAUUUUGGGCAGAUAUAUGGUUCACCUAUCAUUUGAAGAAAUUACGAAAAUUAGUCCUGUAGAAAUUGGGCUGUUUAUCAGCUAUGACAAUGCCACCAAGCAGCUGGACACAGUUUAUGACAUCACCCCUGACCUGGCCCAGGCGUUUCUGGAGAGGAUCAGCUCCUCCAGCUUUGACAUGAGGAAUACCUCCACCAUCCACAGGCUGGGGCUGCUGGUCUGUUUCUACCAUGACCUGGAUUUGCUGGACGCCGCGGUGGCUCAAGUCCUCCUUCACCAGAUGAUCAAGUGCAGCCAUCUGAGGGGCUUCCAGGCUGGGGUUCAGAAGCUCAAAGCCAACCUCCUGGACAUUGCCACGAAGAACCAGACCCUCAAUGAGACUCUGGGCUCUUUGUCGGAUGCGGUUGUGGGCUUGACCCACAGUCAGCUGGAAUCCCUCUCUCCCGAGGCUGUGCAUGGCGCCAUCUCAACUCUCAACCAGGUCUCAGGCUGGGCCAAGAGCCAGGUCAUCAUCUUGUCUGCCAAAUACUUGGCCCAUGAGAAGGUGCUGUCUUUCUACAACGUCAGCCAGAUGGGCGUGCUGCUGGCUGGGGUUGGCACCCAGGCCUUCUACAGCAUGGAUCGCAGGGACCUCUUGCAGGUCCUGAGAAGCACGAUCUCCCUGCAUGUGUCCGACUUGUCACCUGCCCAGCAGCAAGGCGUCCUCAGCAAGAUGAUCGAAGCAGGAGACACUGUCUCAGGCAUUUUGGAAAUACAGGGGGCUUUCUUUAAAGAAGUAUCUCUCUUCAAUUUACGGAGGGAACCCGGAUUUAACACAACAGUCCUAAAGGAAAAGGAACUUCGGAGGAGUCAGGCCUUGUUCCUGUUUGAGCUUCUGUCAAAGACAACCAGAAGGCCUGAGGAGCUGCUGAGCACAGGGCAGCUGGUCAAAGGCGUGACGUGCUCGCACAUUGAUGCCAUGAAUGCGGACUCCUUUCUGGCCCAUUUCCACUAUUUUGAGAACAACCUCUCCCUGCUCUCACCGUAUCAGGUUAAUUGUUUGGCGUGGAAAUACUGGGAGGUCUCCAGAUCCUCUCUGCCGCCCUUCCUCUUGGCUGCCCUCCCGGCUCACUACCUGGCUUCUGUCCCAGCUUCCCAGUGUGUGCCCUUUCUGAUCAGCCUGGGGAAGAGUCGGUUGGACUCCUUGGUUUUAGAUACCCACAAGAAGAAUUCAGUCCUUAGGAAGGUACAGCAGUGCCUGAACAACUCCAUUGCCGACGAGUUCACGGUAGACAUCGUGGGGGACCUGCUCUGCCACUUGCCGGCAGCCACCAUCCACCACGGGGUCUCCCCCCGGGCCUGGGCCACAGCCCUGCACAGACUCCGAGACUGCCCGCACCUCAGCCCAGAGCAGAAGGCUGCAGUGAGGCUCAGGCUCCUGGAACAGCAGGGACUCCCCGGGAACUGGACAGCUGAGACUACGAAGGACUUGGGACCCUUUCUAGUACUUUUCUCAGGAGAUGAAUUAAGCUCUAUUGCCACAAAGUUUCCUGAUAUCCUUCAACAAACAGCUUCCAAGAUGGCCGGGACUUUGCUCCCCAAAAAAUUCCUCUGGGCUGUCUUUGAAUCUGUCCGGAACAGCAGUGAGAAGAGCCUCAGCUCUGACCCCAGCCCUGGUUGCCAUGGAGUCGUGGCUCCUUCCUCUGGUGACAUCUUCACGCUGGCUGAAGCCAAUGCCUGCUGGGCCCCCGAGGACCUGCUCUGCAUGGAGGAGCACACGUUCAUCAGGAACGUGGAACUUCUGGGGGCUGUCAGGGGUUUCGACCAACCUCAGCUGAUGACCCUGAAGGAGAAGGCAGUACAGUUUUGGGACGUGCCUUCUUACUGGAAAGAGUACCAUAUUGUCUCCCUGGGGCGCAUUGCUCUGGCUCUUAAUGAGAGUGAGCUGGAGCAGCUGGAUCUCAGCUCCAUUGACACUGUGGCUUCCCUCAGCCAGCAGACAGAAUGGACCCCAGGACAGGCUAAAUCCAUUCUGCAAGGAUUCCUGGAGGAUGCAGGCUAUCGUAUCCAGGAUCUGAAGAGUUUCCACUUAGUAGGACUUGGUACAACCUUGUGUGCUAUGAACAUCACUGAAGUCUCACUUAUAAAAAUCUCAGAAUUCAGGGUGGUGGUGGCCAGAAUCGGAACCCUGCUCUGCAGCCCCCAUGUCUUGGCCGAGUUUAAGAGGAAGGCAGAAGUUGUAUUUGGGGAUCCCGCCAAGUGGUCCGGCCCUGUCUUGCAGGAGCUCGGGACCAUUGCAGCUGGAUUAACUAAGGAAGAGCUCCCAAUGCUGGACAAGGAUUUGAUGCCGUAUUUCCAGCCAUCAGCAAUCAAAUGCCUUCCUGAUGAGAUAUUCAAAGAGCUGUCCGCGGAGCAGAUAGCCUCCUUGGGUCCCGAGAACGCAGCGGCGGUGACCCCAGCCCAGCGCAGGCAGCUCAGCGUGUUGCAGCUGCAAAGCCUCCAGCGGGCGCUAGAUGGCGCCAAGACUCGCUCCUGGCUGGACACGCCCCCGAGCGCCAGCCCCACCCGGACCGUCUCCUCAGCUUCUACUCUAGGAGCCCCCAGCGCCUGGGGUCUUUGGCUCUGCUGUCCUUUGCUGGUUCUUAUGGCCGAGACCAUGUGGUGAGCAGCGUGUGUGCAUCGCCCUUCAGUGCCCAAGCAGCCGGCCCAGGGUGUGUGGAAACAGAGGCACUUCAGACUGUGAGACCCCCUACCCCAAUCCACAGCCUCCGCUGGGGCGGGGAGACCCCAGGGCCUUGAAAUUUCAAAGGCACCAAAAGGAAGAAUAAUUGUUAAAAUGAUUUUAAAAGUUCUCCAGCUGGCUUGUGUCCUCAGCAGAGAGACGUUCUCUGCCCCG